AUGGCGAAUGAGUUCUUCUUCGAGGGUCACGAGUACACCCAGGCACCAUUUCGAUUUCACGAAGAUGGAGGCUUGCGCGAAUAUCUCUUACAAGCGCGAAAGGAAGAGAGCUUGCUGCACGACACACCUGCUGGAAAGCAGCCCUACCAAGACUUCUACUAUGACAACACGUGGGUCCCAAGCGCGCAGUAUAACGGCACAGCAUACGACCAGUACGGCAGGGGCUUUACGGAUACGGGUGGUGGUACAUAUGAUUUGUCAGACUUUCAUCACAAUGGAGACUUGGUAGACUACUUUGACCCGUGGGAAAUCAAUUCUGGCAAGAUCUAUGGCAUCAUGGAUGACCUAAGACUGGAGCAUGAACGUGUGCAGCAGAAGUACAUUGCAAUGACCAGGGCACUGAUUGAAAGUUGUGACAUUGACGGCUUUCGAGUCGACACGCCCAUGCAAGUGCCGCUGAACUUCUUCAAAACAUGGGCGCCUGCCAUGCGGCAACAUGCUGCAUCGCUUGGAAAGGAGCGCUUCGGAAUCUUCGGCGAGUUCUAUGUGACGCCCUCACGUUAUGCUACCAUGACUGGCAGAGGCAGGGACAACACCAUGUAUGGACAAGAUGUCUUCAUCGAUGGUAUAGCCACCUUGAAAGGUGGCAUUGUGUAUCCGUAUUAUUGGUACAUAUUCACCUCCAUGGUUUACAAGGACUCGCAGUAUGCAGAUGGUUUGCUAUUGGCAUACACGGAGGAGAACAAGAUGAUUGACACGUUCGACCCAACCACCAACAGAUCUGAGUAUGCCAUGUGGACCUUUUGCAAUAACCAUGACAACUGGCGCAUGCAGAGUAUGACGGGCAAGGCUGAGAUGAGGAUGUGUCUGGCCGUCAUCACGUUUUGGCCUGGAAUCCCACUUCACUAUGCAGGUGAUGAGCAGGAUUUCAACACCCCAGGAAGUGCACUGGAUGGAUGGGCUCGCGAGGAGCUGAGCGCUUCCUUGGCUUGGCAAGCGAUUCGGACUCGUCCGGAUGGAAACCCCGCGGACCGGGACAGCUUCGACAUGACCAGCAGCACUUAUCGGUACAUUGCUCGGUUGAAUGCGCUUCGACGCUGGUACUUUGGUGACUUCGGAAAGGAGGAGUGUGAUGCCGUCACGGCACCGAACCCGCAGAUCCCUGGAGUGCUCGUGUUCGAGCGUGGAUGCGACAGCUUCAGCAAGGUCUUGGUCGUUGCCAGUUUUGAGACGGUUGAGAACAAGACUGUCAGGAUUCCUGUGUCCUGGGUGAGCGGGACUCAGCUCAUGGACAGCUUGGAAGUCCGAAACCCAUUGAGGAAGACUGUCAGCCCGACUCGUGACGUUUCCAUUGCGUUGCCUCCUCUCGCCGCUUAUGUCAUGGUCCCGGUACCUGUGGCGAGCGUCCCCCCGUCUGUUGUGUCUGUGAACCCUGCUCACGGUUCGGUUGCGGCGUGGUCAGCUGAUCCUGGGGAGACAGUGAACAUCACGAUACAGUUUGACCGUGCAAUGCAGCCUUCAGUCCUGUCUGCAGCACUUUUCGAUGGACAGCCAGCUGCAUUCCGAUGCGCGACGUCGCAAUGCGAUGCGAUCGUGCUUGAGCUGGAUGCGGCCUCGGUCAGCAACCGUGUCCACUCACUGUCCAUCCUCGACACAGCGACAUCGCAGGAUGGGAUUCCGAUGUUCGCCAGUUUCCGCUCCACCUUCGUCGUGGACCGGAGCUUCGGGGUCCUCAGCCGCCCGUGGCUGCACAGCGUCCCUGGCCUCAUCUGCGGCAACUGGACACGAAUCUGCCACAACGCCACAGGGGCAGAGUGGGUCCGCAUCAAGAACGUGGGUGGAGACUGGUCUGCAUGGAAGUCGGCGGAGCCGAGAACGGCAUGGCAAAGCUCUCCCGGUGUCCCGGUGCUGGUGCAAUACCAUGCCGAACACAGUGCCAGCUUCAUCGUUGCUGACUGCUUGAGCUGGGAUCUUGAGAAAGGUUCGGAAGUCCCUUGCCUGGCCAGCUGGCAUGAGUCCAUGCACUUGCGUGGUGAUUUUAAUCGCUGGGGCCGAUCAGAUGCGGGGUCGAUGGUGAAGCUGGACCACUUUACCUGGGCGACCAACAUCACCCUGGACCGUUUCAUGACAGGCAAGUUUGCGCCCUUCCGGGAUUGGACCGUAUCAUACGGGCUCCAAGCCUCGAGGGACCUCCUAUACAACAUGCCGUCGUUCGAUGCACGGUACUACACCUUCCAGGUAGAUCCGCAAAGGUUGGGAUCAGAGGCCAUGAGGCAGUGGAUGGAAGAACGAGGCCACUGGUCAGCGCAUGAGGGCAUAGUCUCUGGAGCCGGAAACGCUAAUGUUUGGUUCAGCCACCUUUGUUCCACAGCAGCUCCUGAGUGUGAGCCAGCAGAGAACCCAGAGUGGGAACCUCAUGGUUUCAGAGCCGGAGAAGAUCAAGAGUGGUGUGCGACGGUUGGUGUUCAUCGUUGUGUGGAGUAUAAGGCGAACGAUUACUCCGAUGCAAUGCGCAGCUGCGGUACGUUUUCGUGCUGCAAGAGGAAGGUUAGCACCGUUCCAAGCGGCGCCCCUACAACAUGCUGUGUGCUGUUCAAUGACCUUUUGCUCAACUACACGGUUACUCCCGACCUCUCCAAGUGCUCAAAGUUUGGCGCCACCACCGUGACUACAACGUCGAUAGCGUUGAAGACCUGCCCACCUCGGAAUCUGACAAUGGAGGAUGCCCGAAGUGCCUCGCAGGCGCCGCCGUCGCCAUUUGGCCUGGACCCGUCGAUGCAGGAGACACUCGAGUGGAGCCGCAACCGCCUGCUUGAGGCCGAGGCUGAGUUCGACUCCACGGGGUACUCGCGCAAGGACUCCCCCAACUCCUGGCACGAGGACGUGGCCUACAGCAUUCUCGUAGACCGCUUUGCCAACGGCGACUUAUCCAACGACGAAUCCAACCUUCCGAACUUCCAAAGGGAGGAGAUAAAGGAAGGGCAGCCGUGGUCCAUCCACCAGUGGCGUCAUGGUGGGGACUUGCAGGGAGUCAAGGGCCGGCUCAUGUACCUGAAGCAGCUGGGCGUCUCCACGGUGGUGCUGUCCCCGAUCUUCCUGAACGGAGGCGGGGAGUACCAUGGGUCUUGCACCUCGGACCUCUCCAAGAUCGAUCCGGGCUUUGGCAGCCCGGAGCUGCUCCGGGAUCUGGUGCAGGAUGCCCACGCCCUGGACAUGCGAGUCGUCCUGGACGUCCAGGUGAACCACAUCUGUGCCGAAGGGCUCGGUUACACCUCGAAUCCCGCCGUCGAUUCCGUCAGUGAGUGCGUCAAGGAAACAGAGCAAGCCUAUUGGGGCACGGAUCGUGGCUUCCCACUUUUUCCAAGCGCUUCUCGCAAGGAGAUGGCCUGGGGCGAUGCUUUGCCCCAGUACAUGCGACACCAGGCCUUCUUUGUUCGGUGUGGCCCGAAGGCCAUGUACCGGCCCGGGGGAACGGACUUCCUGAGGCUGGAGCUGGAGAAUGCCACCUCCAUCGAAGCAGGGUUCGUGUUUCCUGAGUUCUUCUCUACAACCUACUUCGAGCUGAACACCAUGGAUGUGCAUUUGCAGGAGCUCUUCACCAACCUUCUGAAGUACUGGAUAGCGUUUGCUGACGUGGAUGGAUACCGGGUGAGUGCGGUGGCGCACAUCACCGCCGACUUCUCGGCAUUUCUGGCCACCAACCUGCGCUACUACGCGGCGGCGCUGGGGAAGGGGAACUUCUUCGUGCUCGGAGAGGUCCAGCAGGCAACUACCCCCUUUGGCUUCAUGCACGUCGGCAAGGUCCAGGGACCGACGGGGCCAGGGCUGUUGCCCAAGAAAGUGCAAGGCGUGCUGGAUGACAUGUGCCCUUACUACAGCGCGCUCUCUCCGGCGAAGCCCGGCUUCUUGGCGACCUAUCCCAUCCAGGAGUCUUUCCUGGUCCGGGAGAUUGCUGCAGGAUCGUCGAAGCCGAUGGACCUCUAUGACCGUGAGGAAUGGCAGGUGGCCGUGACAAGAUCCCGGCAAAUCAUCGCCUCUCAGGGCGACAUCCACUCAAGCAUGGCCUCAGCGGAGUCGAAGGACACACCCAAACUCUUGUCGCAGCAAGGAGGACACUUCGCCGAAGACCUUUGGCGGCUCCAAGUGAGCCUCGCGUGGAGCUUCACCUGGUAUGGAAUCCCGGACAUCUAUAACGGAGCGGAGAUGGGCUUGAAUGGCAUCUGCUACCGCAAUGCUGAGGAGAAGAAGGAGAAGAAGGCGAGCAUGAUUUCAGGAGGCAUGCGGGAUGAGGUCGCGGAGGCCAUCCUCAUCGGCUGCGACUACACCUCCUUCGCGAAUCGGAUGGACCCUGGCUACUGGCGCCAGGACAUGUUCUCCUCUGGGCCCUUCCGCUUGGGGUCGGCAGUGCCGAGCAUCCAAGCCCAGGCUGGGAUUGACACGUCCCUGCAGGGUGCGAGCAGCCCACAUUGGUGCGAGGAUCCGCUGCUGGACACCCGCAAUCCCAUCUACCGGCUGACACGGGCCCUGAUUCGCAUGCGGAAGGCGUGCUACCCCUUGCGCACUGCGCUCGACUUCCCAGCCAAGGCCAUGGGGGGUGUCGAGCAGGAGCUUGCCUAUUGGAAGGUGGGCGACGGCAACGCUGGGACCGAGCAGCCGCGCGCCAUGUUGGUUGUGCUGAGGAUGGUGGAGACUCCGAGUGCAGACCACUCCAAGUAUGUCUUCCCAAAUCUCGAGCAGCCGUAUCCAGAGGGCCAGGCUUUCGUGGACUUGUUCAACCCCUCACGGCUGGCCGUGGUCUUCACGGACAAUAACGUCAGUUACCUGCUCGUGCCUGGCAACUUGGCCACCAGCCACGUGGGCAUCUUCGCCCCGGUUGGCUCUGUGGAGGCAGACGACGUCGGGGAAUGGUCAGUGUGCAAAGGGGCCAGCCUUCCCCCGCUUGAGGAGUACAGCUGCGAGACUCAGAGCUCAAUGUUCCCAAUGUUCCCCACGUUGGCAACGACCAUACUCUGGCUUGCAACGGUGGUCCUGAUUUUGCUGGGCAAUGCCCGGACCAGCAUCUACUUGAGCGUGGUCAUGGAGCCCACUCCACCUAAAAUCUCUCAGCCCCAGGGUGUGCGCGUCGAGCCGCGCCAUAUCCUCGUGGCAGCGAUCGAGCACACCAUCCCGGAAAGGGGUGUCAAGGUGAGUGCAGGCGGGCUUGGCAAGGUCCUGGACCAGAUGCUCAAGGAGCAUCCUCCGGGCAUCAUGAGCCUGGUGCACCCCAUGUUUGGCGAUGUGAACUAUGGUGAAAUGGAUGAGUUCACCAAGUUCAGCAUCGUGGUGGAUGGCAAGCCUCAAGAGGUUAUAGUCUACACCAUGCAGAGUGAGUUCGAGGGCAUCACCAGAGUGUGGUACAUCUUGAAGCAUGACUACUUCACCAAGCAGGAGAAGAAGGCGCCGUAUCCCAGCUCCAUGACAAAGGUGGCUACUCUUCGAUAUUUCUCACUUUGGAAUCAGGCAGUGGCUCUUCUCCUUAGUGAGCUUGCUCCGGAUGUGUACCAUUGCAUGGACUACCAUGCUGCAAUGGCACCGCUAUACUUGUCGCGAGAGAAGCAGCUUCCAAUCAUUCUCGUCUUGCACAAUGCAGACUACAUGGGCGUCAUCGAGACAGACUUCAUUUGUGACCGAUUCUGGAAGACAGUGAGCUCGCUGCGCCGACUCAGCCUCAUCUUCAACAUUCAGAUUUCCACGAUCCGGAAAUACUGCAUGUUUGAGGGCCGCUUCAACAUGUUGAAGGCAGCCGUGACCUACAUUCGCGAGGUGCAAGCAGGGCAUGGCAUCUGCGCUGUCGCCGAGAACUACGCUGUGGAGCUGGCACGUGAAAAGACACUUUUUGCAGGGUUGCCGCACCUCAUCGCGCUUGACAACGCCACAGAUCCAGCAGAUGCACAUGCAGAGAUCAGUGUACUCAAGGAACGUCGCUUCAAGGCGAAAGAGAUGCUGCAGAUGGAGUGUGGAUUGGACCUUGACCCGGGGGCGAAGAUUUUGAUCUUCAUUGGCCGUUGGGUGAAGCAGAAGGGAGUUGAUCACAUCGCGAUGUUGACCCCUGUGUUUCUUCGCAGUCACCAGGAUGUUCAAAUCGUUCUUGCAGGUCCUCCAGAUGAUUCCUGUGGCAGGUACGCUGGUGAGCUGCUUGCAGGACUGGGCGACGAGUUUAAGGGCAGACUCUUCGUUUGCACACAGUUCUUCAAGCUUAGCGAGGCGUGCCGCGCCGGGGCACACCUCUGCUUCACUCCUUCUUGCUCUGAGCCGUUUGGCUACGUGGACGUGGAGUUUGGCCUCCUGGGAGUUCCCUCUGUGGGCUGCGCCAUUGGAGGCCUCGGGAAGAUGCCGGGUGUCUACUUCCGCCAGCAAAACUCUGAUGAUGCCAAGAGCCUGAUUGACUCCUUCUUCUGCGCCGUGGAUUAUGCCCUGAACAUGAACGAGAAGGAUUAUUGGCAAAUGGCCAGCAAUGCGACAACAGCAGAAUUUCCAUUCCACACCUGGCGCGAGAAUUUGAUUGGCGCCUACACGGAGGCAUGUGUCAACUUCCGACGGUCCUCAGGAGCUUCGCUGACUCUGAACCACCUCUGGGUCCGAAAGGGGGCCACCACGGCAGUGCAGGAGGCAAUGGCGCCCCGACGGGACAGCGCCUUGAGGCGCAUGUCCUCCACUGCCCAGGUGGCUCAUCAGAUGCAGGUGCUGGACAUCAACGAUGAUGCCGAGUUCCUUACGCAGGGAGUCAGCACGGAGAGGGUUCAAGAGAUCAUGAAGCAGGCCAUGGCCAACAACCGUGGAAAAGUCAAAGAUGCGGAAACCUUGCAGAGCUACAUCUGCCAGGCAGAGCAGCGGCUCACGGAGAAGAGUCCCUUGUCCCUGUGGCUGAUGAAGCCCUUCCUUCGCGGCAUUUGUCUGCGCAUCCACGUGGUCAUCGCACUCGGCUACAUCUUCUCCCCGGUGGGUGAGGCCUUGCUGAAGACCUUGGAGAUGCGGGCCAUGGCCAACUCGGGGGCCUCCGAGCAGGCGCUCUGGACUGUCUUCUACGCGGGCUCCGCCGUGGGGUGCAUCUUCUGGCUUUUCUUGUCCAAGGGCAUUCCCCCGAACCUUCUCAUGGCCAGCUCUCAGUUGCUGAAUAUGGUCUUCUUCGUGCUCGUGCCUGCGCUGCCAGAGGAACUCUUCGACAAUGCCGUGGUGACCUUGACCUACCUGGGCCUCUGUGGGGUGCAGAGCACCUCCCGCCUACUCUUUAUCAUCUGGAACUUCAACGAGGACUUCCAUGGGGGCUUCCAGGUCGCGGCGCGGCGCAUCGGCGUUCUGGAGUCCCUGCGCUCGGGCGUUGCAUGGAUUGCUGUGACGUUGAGCUAUGCAGGAAUGGACUACAUCAACAAGCAGCUGGUGCUCGUGGUCUCGCUAACAACGUUGGUCUUGCUGUUCAAAGCACCGCACUGCUACGCAUCGUAUGUCCUUCCCAAGACACAGCUGCUGGAGGGGAUGACGCACAAGUCCUUCUUAAUGCUGGUUGCAGCGGAGGCCCUCAAUACUUUGACGUCUUACUCUUCGCAAAGCUUCACCCAAUGGUGGACACUGAAUGGCUGGGAGCCUUCAGAGAUUGCAGUCUUUGCGCUGACUGUGGGCCUCGUGGGCCCCGUGGCAUUGUCCGUGAUCUUCUUCUUCCUGACUCGCAUGAACAAAUGGGGCCCCUGGGCCAUGCGAGACUUCAGCUGCUUGUUGCCACCAGGCUCGCUUCUGCGGGCCCUUUGCUUGUGGGACCUGGGCUAUCUGAACUUCCGAUCGGAGAUCUUUGUCGUCGCGAUCUUGGUUUCCGUUGGCCUAGAUGUGGCUCGUGGGGCAGCCGUGUGGUGCUCCAUCAUGACCAUCCUCGGUAACAAGUGGUAUGCCCUGAAGGGCUGUUAUAUCUGCCUCACCUUGAUCUCGGCAUGUGCUGCCCUCUCGCCCAUGACGGGGCACUGGAUUGCACAGGCGGCCACGCGUACGUCCCCGCUCACGGACACCAAGACGCUGGACCGCCCGAUUUCUGGCAAAGGAUCCCUGGGCGAGGCCACGGCGUGGGCAGUGGUGCCACUGGCGCUUGCGAGCUACAUCUUCCAGCUGCUGGCCUGGAGGUACUUCAACGGUGACAUUCUGACCUUCAAGGGCCAUGGCAACGUGCUCCCAGAUGGCAGCAUCACCGGCACGGAGUCGACCAUCCAGCGCAUCCCCGCUUCCGAGAUCAAGAGGAAGCGGAAAGCAGCUCAGAGGGUGCAGGGCAAAGAGUGCAAGGAAGAAGAGUGCAAGGAAGCCGAGAUUGCACCGACCGCACCCGAAGAUCCUGAGCCCCUCGAGGUGGUGCCGGAGGUUUCGGAGGAUCCGAAGGAAGAGAAAGGAGAACAUGAGCCGAAGGACGACCGGGCACCGCGGCCCCAGUCCAAACAGAAAAGCGAGAAAAGCGCCAAAAGUGGGAUGACCGUCAACGAAGAGGACUUCGGGAAGGUGCCAAGUUGUCCCAACCAGCUUCCUGGCGACUCUGACGAGGUGGUGGACAACGAGAUGGACUUUGCAAGUGAGGCUGUUCCGCCGGAGGCCUUGACAUAA